AGAACGAGCUCCUGUUGUUUCCUAUGGAUGUGUUCAGCUGAUUUCAACAGGCCUGAUGCUGCUCUGCUGUCACUCUCAUAUCGGUCAAACACUCGGAGUUUGUCCUCAGGAGCUGUAUUGAUUAUUAAGAACGUGUGACUGUGUAUUUGGAAAGAAACCACAACAUCAGGAUGGUGAAAGAGGGUGCUGGCACCCCACGCAAUCGUAGGGGGGCUCAUAAGGUUGUUCCGUCAUCAGACCAGGAUGGGACAGGAGCCGAAAGAGCCACAGGAGAGGUGCCCUGCCCAAGUAAUGGAACAGUGGAAGUGGAGCACAUUAUCAGCACAAAAUUACAGCUGAAGAAGAAAGCCGAGCAUUUGAAAGCAGACCUGAUGAGGCAGUUUGACACUCAAGUGAAUGAGCUCAUGGACAGCCUGAUAGAGGAGUCUGCCAGUCUGGGUUCCACCCAUGUGAGCACAGUCUUUCAGUGUCUCUCAGAUAAGGAGAAAAGCAAACUCAGGCAUACACAACCCUCCCAAGCUCAAAGCAAGCAGUUUGUGAUUCGCCGAUCCCUUUUAGAUGAUCUCUUUGAGGUGAACCACAUCCGCACCAUCUAUCACAUGUUCAUCGCUCUCCUCAUCCUCUUCAUCUUCAGCACACUCGUCGUGGACUUCAUCGAUGAGGGCAGACUGGUGCUGGAGUUCGACCUGUUGGUUUACGCGUUUGGCCAGUUCCCCCUAGUGGUUGUCACAUGGAUGUGUAUGUUCCUGUCCUCGCUUGUGGUUCCAUAUGUACUGCUCGGUGUCUGGGCCAGCGUCUACCCCACGUCAAACUAUCGGGCCUUAUGGACAGCGCUGGCCGGUUCUCUGUUGCUGCUGUACCAGGGGCUGUGUUUGGGUUUCCUGCCCACAUAUGUGGUGCUGAAGAACGGCCUUCCCCCUGCUUCGUGCUUCAUACUUAUUCUAGAACAGGUGCGGCUGAUGAUGAAAACUCACUCUUUCAUCAGGGAAAAUGUGCCAAGAGUACGAUCCUUAGAACCAAACAAAACGAGUUCAGUAGCUGUCCCUCAGUUCACCCAGUACAUUUACUUUCUCUUUGCACCCACCCUAAUAUACAGAGACAAUUACCCACGAAAUCCUUGUAUUCGGUGGGGUUAUGUGGCCACAAAGUUUUCACAGGUGCUGGGGAGUUUGUUUUACGCGUAUUACAUAUUUGUGCGGCUGUGUAUCCCUCAGUUCCGCAUUAUCAGUAUGCAGCUCUUUGACCUGAGGGCCAUGGUGUUGUGUGUCUUCAACUCUAUACUGCCAGGAGUGCUGGUGCUUUUCUUGGCCUUCUUUGCCUUUCUGCAUUGCUGGCUUAACGCGUUUGCUGAAAUGCUACGAUUUGGAGACAGAAUGUUUUAUAAGGACUGGUGGAACUCCACUUCAUUUGCUAACUAUUACCGCACAUGGAAUGUUGUAGUACACGAUUGGCUUUAUUAUUAUGUCUACAGGGACUUCUUGUGGAUGACACAGAAGCGGUUCCGUGCGGCGGCCAUGUUAGUUGUGUUUACUGUGUCUGCUGUGGUGCACGAGUAUGUUCUGGCCAUCUGCUUUGGCUUCUUCUACCCCGUCCUGUUCUGCAUCUUCAUGUGCUUUGGAAUGGUGUUUAACUUCGUUCUUCAUGACCGGAGAAAAGGGCCGAUCUGGAACGUGAUCAUGUGGACUUCGCUGUUCUUGGGACAGGGGGUUCUCAUCUGCCUGUACUCUCAGGAGUGGUACGCUCGGCGCUACUGCUCCAUUGAAGAGCCCUCUUUCAUAGACCUGCUGAAGCCUCGAUCUUGGACUUGUCAUCCAGAAACUAACACUGCUGUGGACCCUCCAGCUGCCAAAUGAAUGCCAUUCAUACUGUUGGGAAGCCAGAGGAGGGACUUUUAGCAUUAAUAGGUAUUGCACUAUGACCAAACGAAGUGAAAAUCGUUGAAAAAAGACAAUGUUUCACAAAGAGGCCUUGAAUAUUUGAUUUGUUGAGAUUUUAAUAUUUAUGAUAACCUGUAACAGAAUGUACAUUACAAAUAUUUCCUUUCAAAUUUCUAAGCGACAGUCUUGUUAACAUUUGAUAAUCUAUAUUAGGUUAUGUCUGAUCUGGCUAAAGAGAUUCUAUUUUUAGAAGCCUUUGUGACUUCAUAAAGUUGAGAUCUGAUUAGAAAUGUGUUUUGUGUACUGCCAUUUCUUAGAUAUGGUUGUGUUAUUCCAGUACUAAAGAGGCCAUGUGGCACAUUUUGACCAUUUUUUUUUUUUUUUCCUGGACCUCAAAUUCUAGAAUGUUUACAAGCGGGGUUGUGAAUGCUAAAACCUCAGUGGAUUUAAUAUAUGUGCCAUAUUUCUGUGAAACACAAUUGUUUACUUCUUACCUUUCACUCAUACCCACGAUUUCACAGACAAGGCCUAAGCUAGUUCCAGACUGAAAUAUCUUAAAAUAUGUAUGCAUCUCAAGAUGUACACCAGUAAAAAAAAAUUUCUAAGGCACGUUUAAAAGCAACUUAAAUGGCGUAGUUGAACUAAGGCCUUAUCCUGGCUUAAUCUAAGCACUGUCUGUGAAACCGGACCUUUGAGUUUAAAGUAAAUUUACUAAAAUUAAAAUGGGGAAAUUCUCCAUUCUGUCAAUUUUAUUUACUUUAGUUACUGUUUUUGAGAGUUCGACUGGAUAUAUUGACUUUUUUGGGGGGUUCCUAGAGCUGAAUUAAUUGAAUACUAAUUACAAAGCCAUGAUUUCUGACUUAUUUAGUACAUAAUAGGGUAUCAGUUGUUUGGAAGUGUUGAGGUGUUGCAGCUGGCUGCACUCGUGAUCAUUGUGUUAUUACCAACGUUAUAUAUUGUGUUAUUUCAAGCACAAUCCCUUUAUUAGCUAUAAAUUAUUGUUGGGUACACUACCAGGAUUAUUUUUAAGACUCUUCUAAGACAUUUUGAAUGUAAUUUAUUAGUGCAAAAAAAAAAAUGAAGUGUCUCUCUAUUAUUGAGUAAAUUGUUUUUAAAUUGUUUCUGCAAUAACUGUUAUGACCAGCAGGUGGUGGUGGAGAGUUGAAUCAUAGGACUACUGUAUGUCUGUACAAGGCAUUUUUCUGUUCUUUUUGACACCUGUCAUGUAAAUGAUUUGUAAUUUCCAGAGUAGUUGAUGAAUGUAAUUUUCAUGAAAAACAAGUGAUCAAUGUUCUGUAAUAAUGAAAACCGAUGCCAUAUUUGAAACAAAUUUUCAUCAUAAUUUAUUUUGUGAAAUGUUCAGUGUGUAGCCUGUCCCAGUAUGAUCUGUAAUAGACAAAUAAACAGUUUCACUUA